GGCUUAUUUAAUGGGGAAUGAUGAACCAGUGGGAUUUAGAGCAGGUGCACCGUUCAAGCUCAGAGAUUAAUUUCACACUGUAGUGUGUAACACUCAAGAAUUAUGAAGAUGCUGCUUGUGACUCUGGCUCUUGCCCUUCUGCUGACCAGUGGUUCUGCGCUUCAAUGUCACAGGUGUUUACCAGGGGUACCAUGUACUAUUGAAACCUGCAAGAGUGGUCAAGACACCUGUAUCGCCACAAGGCUGGUUACCGGACAUGGUUCAUUUGUUGGAAAGAGAUGCUUGACUCAGGCUCAGUGUUCCGAUUACCAGAAAUCUUCUAAAUUUCCAGCCAAGUGCUGUGGGACGGAUCUUUGCAAUAAUGUAGUUCCAUGAAAAUGGUCAUUUCUUGAAAAUAUUUUAGGAAAGAUCAUUUGCUCAUGAUUUACAGUAAUGCAGUUUUCCUAUCAAUCUUGUAUUCAGCAACAAUAUCUACAUGGGAUUAGUCAAAAUGUGCACUGUAUAACUCUGUAAGUGUUGUGCAGUAGAAAUAAAAUCAUUUCAGCAAACAAACAACAACAACUCUGUGCAAUUAUGAGU